AUGUUCUCCUCUAGGAGUGGUCGUACUGCAUUCGACACAAAUAAAUCUUUGUGGGGCGGUUAUGCUGUCUGGGAUGCUACACACAAAUUUUACUUUGCCGGCGAUACAGGUUAUACUCAUAACAUUUCAAUUUUUCGACAAAUUGGCGUAAAAUAUGGCCCAUUCGACUUAAGCGCUAUACCGAUCGGUAAUUAUGAACCACAAUGGAUAAAGCAAGCUCAUCAUGUGUCACCAGAUGAAGCUGUUGAAAUACAUAUUGAUGUUCAAUCAAAAAAAUCAAUUGGUAUUCACUGGGGUACAUGGAAAUUGGGAAAUGAAUAUUUUAUGGAACCGCCGGAGAAACUUUCUAAAGCAGUUAAAAUCAAUCAACUCGAUCCGUCAUCAUUUAUUGUUGUUAAACAUGGUGAAAUUUUGGAUUUACCCUAG